AUGAUAUUUGACGCCAUUGCCGAAACGUGCCUCGCAUGUCGAGUUACAAGAGGGGCAACUGUGAUAGGUAGGCUAUACCGUGACUCCAUCAUGUCGAUGAAUCAUACAAACAAGGUUUCGAAUGGUGACACGAGUAAUUGGAAAUUUUCAUCGGAUCUUGGUAAUGGCAGUAUGGCAUCCUCGUCCUUGCUUGUCGUUCAAGACUCAAGAAUGGAGUACAGUACUUGA